CGAAAAGUACUAGAAUACGACAACAGGAUUGUUAAAUUUGACGCCGCCCUACAAUAAAGAAGUGGUGGAGGAGAAUAUGAACGCAUUAAAACAAGACGGAAUGUAAUGUGAGUAAGGGAUGUAUGUACUUCAAGAACACUUCACUUCCUACGUUAUCCCGUUUUCUGUGUUUUCUGUUUCUGUAUCUCUCUCUUUCCCAUGAUCGGAGGAAAUUAAGAAACUCUUGAUAGGUAAGAACAAGGACACAAUAUAUCAGAAUAGAGAAAAAUGUUUCCACUUUCCAGGAAUCACCAUUGAUAACAAAAACAAUUUGCUUUCUCCCAGACUCCCACUUGGCACCCGAGUGGCCCUUCUCCUUUGGCUUUAGUGGAGACCCGCAGCUAUCAUGCGCACCAGCUCACUCGAUCUCCAAAAUUCCUUCUUUUUUCAUUUUUUUUUUUUGCUUCUUAUGUUUUGGGACGAAGGCUUGUAUUGGCCCAGAAAACUGCCAGAAUAUGUAAAUGAAAGUGGGGGGUCCUACGCGAAGACACGGAAUUGGGGGCCGAGGAGGCACUAAGAUUUCAACUGGUAGACGUGGCUGACACCCCCAUUUCGCCCCCACUACGCCACUCGUUCAGUCUUUUCUUUUCUUGCCUGGGGGAUAACGAUAACGAGCUCGAAGUUUAAGGAUAAGAGUCUUGGUUUAUUGGGAAUCGGCUACUUCUCGUCAGCUUGCACCUGGGUACGUUCCUGUGCGAGUCUAUUUUACUGGGGUGGUAUUUGUUCUUCUUGGAUCCAAUCCCUGAGAUUCCUUGUUAGGAAUAACAUGGAGAGAGAGGUUUAUAUAGUGCAGUCUGCCAUCAAAUUCGUAAUAUCUUGUUGAAUCUGGAAGAUGGAAACUAGAGUUUUCUGCCAUUGAUGUGCUUUCGUUCAUUGGAUCAGAGGAUGGAAGAAACAUUUGUCAAUGCUCGUGAAGAUUUCCAGGCAAAAGAAGAUUCAGUGCAUAGCUUGAGUGAGGACAGAGAAUUAUCCAGAGAAGAUAGUCUGGAAUUUUCUGAGUCAAAAUCAAAAGAGUUGGUGAGAACGAUAAAUUCACCUCACGCGAUUAUUUUAAAUGUUAAGCAACCACAAUUGUGCACAGGAUGCAAUCUGCGUAAUUGUGUCUUGGAGAGGAGGAUUCCAAAGCAUAUGGUAAGCGUGGACGAGAAAUAUCUUCGUCAUUGCCUGGAAUUGAUUAAUAUCAAUGCAUCAAAAGCAGCACGAUGCAAUGGAUCUACAAAUUUGAGGUCUCUGAAGAUGGGCAUUUUGUCUGACAGCUUAAAUCCAGCUAAAAUCAGAAGCAGAGAUACAUAUGACCCAGCCAGUUUCAUUUUUGAAUGUCCAUUGGAUUCUGGGGCUGGGGGUGUAGUUGUAAGCCCUACAGGACAGUGGAUUGUAGGUACGAUCAUGGGGAGCAAGAGUAUGAUGAACAUAUUGAAGAGCCCUUUGUUUCACCACUUUGGUGCCUUAGAUGGCAAUGACAACUUCAAAAGAUCGAACUUGAAUGAUGUCAGACGCUCAAUAUGCUAUGAUAUCGUGGAAUCUCCCAGUGGUUUAAGUAAAUCUUCACCACAAAAACUAAAAAAGGAGCCUCCAGUUACUGGAAGCCAUAAAAGUGGACCUGAUAGUGUGAAUAAAAGGUUCGUUUCUAUGUCUAGCACAAUCUCUACAUGUUCUGAUCAGCCUUCUUCUUCUGCCUCUGCCUCUGCGUCUCAGGGGAUGCUGCAAUGCGCAUGGAAGGGAGGGCUUCCUCAUUUUGUAUUUUCCGCAGAUGAUCAGGGGGAGGCCUACAUAGCCAACUUGUGGAAGGUUGGGUCAACUGAUGACAAGGCUGUGGACUAUAUAUACUCAUUCUAUUCAAGAAAGGCUGGCCAGAAGGAUCAUAGGAGCUGUGAUAAUGAGUCACACUUAGUUGGUAAGAUGAAGGUCUCGGCUUCUUUCACCAUCUGUCCGGACAGUUCUAAAAUCAUGGAGACCGAGUUUAUCUUAUACAGUAGUGAUGCAAAUUGUGGCACAGAGACGCACACUUCAAACCUUAGUCUGAGAAAGAAUAAGGGUUUGUCAAAGAAGGUGGUUGACGUUUUCAGAGCAAGCCACUCAUCCAAACUGAGAACUUUCUCUAAGUUUGGUGGAUCUGGUACCAUGCUGGAAAAUUGUUCUUUGGAGUCAUCUGUAGAUACGAGUAACAACCUCGAUGAAAUAGGUGGGGCCCAUAAGUUUGAAAAUCCUUUUCUGCCAAAUUUUGAAUUGGCUGCCAUUAUUGUGAAAGACCAUCUCCAUGACUAUCAUCGAGAAGAAACUGGGGGUUGGGGCUUGAAAUUUCUAAAAAAAAAGGGGCCUAAGCAGAAGAUUGAUUCUCUGGAAGCUUCAGUACAUUGUGAAAGCUGUGCUCGAAAUACCGGCGAUUGCUCUACAAGUAUGGACAUUCUAAUCCCAGCAGGUCUUCAUGGUGGGCCAAGAACAAAAAACUGUGGCCCUUCUAGUCUCAUUGAAAGAUGGAGAUCUGGUGGACACUGUGACUGUGGGGGUUGGGACAUUGGGUGUCCUUUGACAAUACUUAAAACUAAAUUGAGCAAAGAAGAAAAUCUUCCCAAGUUGGAGACACAGGAUGAGUGCAAGUUGGUCGAUGUAUUCAAACAGGGCUCACAGCAUGCUGCUCCCCCUUGAGGAUGGUAAAUGUUCAUGAUGGUUUGUAUUUUGUUCAUUUUCAACCACUUCUAUCAGCUCUGCAGUCUUUCUCGAUUGCAGUAGCGAUUAUCCACACACAGAAUCCAACUCUCCGGCCCAAAAAUGCACAAGAAAGGAAGUAGCAAGAUACAGGGUUGGUGGUUAUGUAAUAGUUGUAACCUUUCGGCAUUACAGCAGUAAGCCAAAAUUUUAGCAUUUAUUCAUGAUUUGGGAUAUGGGUUUUCAUGUUUUACAGUUGUUGACUGCCUAGAUUCAGAUUGUUUUUAUACUUUCUCCUGUAAUCUGAUCCUUUACAUCAAAAGUACAAGCCUUUGGCAUAGUGAAUAUUGUUUGAAAUUCUUUUGAUGACAAUUUGUGUGCUGUGAACCCCCACCUUGAAGAUGGAAAAUGUUCAUGUUGGUUUGUAUUUUAGUCAUUUUCAACCACUUCUAUUGGCUUUGCUGUCUUUCUCGAUUGCAGUAGCGCGCAUCCACACGUGGAUUCCAACUCUCUGGCCAGAAAUUGCACAAGAAAGGAAGUAGCAAGAUCCAGGGGUGGUGGUUAUGUAAUAGUUGUAACCGUUCAGUAUUACAGCAGUAAGUCAAAAUUUUAGCAUUUAUUCAUGAAUUGAGAUAUUAGCUUUAGUGUUUUACACUUGUUAAUUACUAGAGUGUUUGAUACUGCAUGGUUUGUUUAAUGUUUUGAUUCUUAGACCAAAAAAUCCUGUAACCUGCUCCUUUCUUUCAAAUGUACAAGCCUUUGGUAUAGUGAAUUUGGUUUGAAAUCCCCUUGAUGACAAUUUGCAUGCUGCGGAACCCCACCUCUAGGAUGGUUAAUGUUCAUGAUGGUUUGUAUUUUAGGCAUUUUCAACAACUUCUGUCAGUUCUGCAGUCUUUUUCGAUUGCAGUAGCGAUUAUCCACAUGUGGUGUCCAACUCGCUAGCCCAGAAAUGUACAAGAAAUGAAGUAGCAAGAUCCAGGGUUGGCGGUUAUGUAAUAAUUGUAACCUUUCAGUAUUACUACAGCAAGUUAAGAUUUUGGUAUUUAUACGUGAACUGAGAUAUUGGUUUUCAUGAUUUACAAUUGCUAACUACCCUAUAUUCAGAGUGUUUUCGUACUCUAGGUUUUGGUCCUGCAGGGUUUACUUUAUGUUCUGGUUCUUAGACCAAAAACUCCUGUAAUAUGCUCCUUUAUGUCAAAUGUACAAGCCUUUGGUAUAGUGAAUUUGGUUCUGCAA